AUGGCAAAGAGAGCAUUAUGCCAAGGUGAGGCCACUAGUUGGGAUACCCUAAGAUGGACCGACGAAAUGGAUACAACCUUCAUUGAUGCUUUGAUUGAAGAAUGUCGCAAAGGAAAUAGAGUGGAUGGCACAUUUACUACAAUGGCAUAUGACAAUAUACUUUCACUUUUGAGAUCUAUCUAUGGUAACUACCUCCGCAAAGAGAAUCUUAAGAAUAGACUCAAGACUUUAAAGGAUCAUUUUGGAAUUUGUUAUGAUCAUUUUCAUGGGCUUAGUGGAUUUACUUGGAAUCCAAUCACAAAGAUGUUUGAGGCUGAAGCUGAAGUUUGGGAGAAAUUGAUUAAGGCAAAACCAAAGGUGAAAAAGUGGAUGCGUACUCGAAUCAAACACUAUGAUAAACUGUUUGAGAUAUAUAGUACAGAUAGGGCAAUAGGAAAACAUGCUGAAAGUGCCAAAGAAAAAGUGAAAAAGUGGGGGAAGCAUAAAGAAACAAUUAACUUGAAUGAUGAUGCUAGUUUCUUAAAGAUGGAAGAUGAGUGGAAUGAUGAGCCAAUUACUCCUCAUGCUACUAGUUUUACAAUGGGUCAUAGUUCUAAAAUUGGUUUAUCUAACCAAUUAACUGGCUCUCAAGGUACAUCAUCAAGAGGUAUUAAACGCAAAACAACCAUGAGUGAUAAAUUAGAAUAA